AGUUUGUUAUAUAGUUCAAUGUCUACGAUAGUUUAUAUGGAAUUAUUAAAAAUUAUUUAUUACUUUUAUAAGUCGUUGUGAUUAAGAAGAUACUGCUUAUCGAUACAGUAUAUAAACACGUCUUUAACAAUGCAAAAGGAAUUCGCAAAGGUUAAGAAGAUUCUACAUCCAAAUAGUCGUAAGACCAUUGCAAUUGUGAAAAAAAAUAAAAGACUGUCAAAUAGACAAAAAGCUAAAACGGUUGGUAUGAUAAAACAAAAUUUGAUAGGGGAGAAAAUGAUGUGGAUUCAACAAAAUAUGGUUCCUGACUUGUGUCCAUAUACUUCAGAACUCACAGCAGAACUACUUUUAAAGUAUAUUAGAAGAAAUGACGAGGAACUGGAACAAAUUGGGAUUAAGCACUCUGUAGGAGGAAAGAGAGGCAGACAACAUGCUAGUAGAGAAGAUUUAUUAAGAAUGACCAAGAUGAAAGAGCAAGUAGAAUUUGAUACUUGUGGAAUUGAAAUUCCUGAUAUCUUAAUUCCAACGCAAUGCGAAAUGUUGAGGACAUGGAAUGGCGAAUUGAAACUUCUACCUCGAUUCAAGUUUCGAAGAUUUGGGAAAGUGCACUUGAAAGACAUGUUGCAAAGAAAAGAGAAGCAAUCAAAGAUAAUGAAUAAUCCUGCAAAUUGCGCCACUCUAGCCUGCGUUAGCAAGCCUACCAUUUGCUCACCGAAGGACAGCAAAGUUGAGGACAUCAAAAAUAGUAGUGUAGAAAAUAAAGAACUGAACACCACCCUAUCUGAAAGUACCAUAUUAAAUGAUUGUUCAAUGGAUAUGGAAUAAAUUAUGUUUUGAUAUCUCUA